UCCACACCCUCUCCCAGUUCCUCGCCCCCUUCUCCGCCCACCCUCCCUCCGGAGCGUGCAGAAAGGGAGCUGUGGCGCGAGCGCGGCCGAGGGCGCCGGGGCGGCGGCGGCGGUGGGUGUGUGCGUGUGUGUGAAGGACGCCACCUCUCGCUCCUGCGUUCGCAGGCGACGGCGGGCGGCGGGGCUUCUCGCUCCGGCAGCGGCGGCGACAGCGGCGGCGGCUUCCGGAGUCCCGCCGCGAAGAUGCUCAAAGUCACGGUGCCCUCGUGCUCCGCCUCGUCCUGCUCUUCGGUCACCGCCAGCGUGGCCCCGGGGGCCGGGAGCCUCGUCCCGGAUUACUGGAUCGACGGCUCCAACAGGGAUGCUUUGAGCGAUUUCUUCGAGGUGGAGUCGGAGCUGGGACGGGGUGCUACAUCCAUUGUGUACAGAUGCAAACAGAAGGGGACCCAGAAGCCUUAUGCUCUCAAAGUGUUAAAGAAAACAGUGGACAAAAAAAUCGUAAGAACUGAGAUAGGAGUUCUUCUUCGCCUCUCACAUCCAAACAUUAUAAAACUUAAAGAGAUAUUUGAAACCCCUACAGAAAUCAGUCUCGUCCUAGAACUGGUCACAGGAGGAGAACUGUUUGACAGGAUUGUUGAAAAGGGAUAUUAUAGUGAACGAGAUGCUGCCGAUGCUGUUAAACAAAUCCUGGAGGCAGUCGCUUACUUACAUGAAAAUGGGAUUGUCCAUCGUGAUCUCAAACCAGAGAAUCUUCUCUAUGCAACUCCAGCCCCAGAUGCACCACUCAAAAUCGCUGAUUUUGGACUCUCUAAAAUUGUGGAACAUCAAGUGCUCAUGAAGACAGUAUGUGGAACCCCAGGGUACUGCGCUCCUGAAAUUCUUCGAGGCUGCGCCUAUGGACCUGAGGUGGACAUGUGGUCUGUAGGGAUAAUCACCUACAUCCUACUUUGUGGAUUUGAACCAUUCUAUGACGAAAGAGGCGAUCAGUUCAUGUUCCGGAGAAUUCUGAAUUGUGAAUACUACUUUAUCUCCCCCUGGUGGGAUGAAGUAUCUCUAAAUGCCAAGGACUUGGUCAGAAAAUUAAUUGUUUUGGAUCCUAAGAAACGGCUGACAACCUUCCAAGCUCUCCAGCACCCAUGGGUCACAGGUAAAGCAGCCAAUUUUGUGCACAUGGAUACUGCCCAAAAGAAGCUCCAAGAAUUCAAUGCCCGGCGCAAGCUUAAGGCAGCAGUGAAGGCCGUGGUGGCCUCUUCCCGGUUGGGAAGCGCCAGCAGCAGCCAUGGCAGCGUCCAGGAGAGCCAGAAGGCCAGUCGAGAGCCAUCUCCAAUCCAAGAUGGCAAUGAAUAUGUUAAAGCUAUUCCAGAAGGAGAGAAAAUUCAAGGAGAUAGGGCCCAAAUGGCAGUUGAGGGGGCAGAGGCUGAGCUGAUGAAGGUGCAGGCCAUAGAGGAAGUUAAAGAUGCUGAUAUACAUGCUGCCAAGGCCACCACGAUGGUGUCCGAGGCACUAGAGGAUGGGAUAAAGGUGGCUGACUUAGAAAUAGAGGAGGGCCUAGUGGAGGAGAAGCUGAAGACAAUGGAGGAAGCAGCAGCCCCCAGAGAAGGGCAAGAAAACCCUGCUCUGGGAUUUGGAGUUCAGCAGAAUGAUGUGAUCCUGCCAGAGUACUAAAUUGGCUUCCUUCCAAUCUGGAAACCAAAUCCUGGCAUUUUGUGCAUUUUGUCCUUCAGCAAGGAAGGUAUGGAAGCAUGAUAUGCACUAUAGUGAUGCUGUUUUUGAGGUGCAAAAAAAAAAAAAACAUAUCUAUCAGUUGGUAAUUCUAACUUCAAUGCAUGUGACUGCUUUAUGAAAAAAUAGUGUCUUUCAUGGUAUGUAAUGGAUACCUAAUACCGAUGGGUUAAAUUUGAAAUUGCAAGUAAACAUAACAUAACAUUUAAAAACAUACAUCUUCAGGGACCAGUAGUACACAUUUGAAGUAAAUGGUAACAAAUUGUUUUUGCUUUGAAAACCUAGCCAUCGUACAUCCUUUGGAUUUCUUCACAAGGCAGUAAUUCCUUUGGACUAUUGUUCAGCUAAUAGUAGGUAGUGGUAUAAGACAUGUUCCCAUGACAUUCACAACAUUUUACUUUUCAUUCAUGUGUUCAAACUAUUUACAAAGAGAUGGUUAUAGGUUAUAGUUGUAUGGUGUGUGCAAAAAAAAAAAAUUCCACUUAAAAAUUGUAAGAAAUUGAAGCAUACUUUUUAAGAGCCAUGAAACCAUAUGCCCCUAAAGCUUCUGUGGAAAAUGCUUUUUUAUUUUCUCCUUAUUUAUAUGCAUCAUAUUACUAAUAACCAAAAAUGUUCUAUCACAAAAUUCUGCCAUUUUACAAUCCUGGAGAAAGUAUUUUACAAAUUCACACUGAGGAAUUUAUUCUUUCCUUCACCUGCUCUCUAAUAAGAUGUCCUUCUGAUUGCCUACACUCAGGGUAGAAUAAAGAAAUUUAGGGAAGGAAAAGAGAUAAGUCUGGGACUUAGACUAACAAAGAUUGACUCCUUGUCAUUUUACAGAUAAAAUUGAAUUUUUUUCAUGAGUUUGUACAGCUUUAACGAUAGGAACAUUUUUAUAGAUAAACUCUAUAAUUACCGAGUUUCAAAUAUUUAGAAAAAUCUACCCUACAGGCAGAUGCCAAAAUGUCUGAAUAGAGUGGGAAUAAUAUUCCAUUAUAAAAUCAUUCACUAUUGACUUUACUAAAGUAAGGAAACAUUUUGGUUUAUAAAAGUCCUUUUUUCCUUCAAUUGAUGGUUAUCUAGAUAUACUGCUUAUCAAGUAAAGAUAUUUCUGAAAAGCUAGUAUAUUUUUUUCUCAUACUUGGAAUGGAAAUGCAUUAUACAAUGUAGUUUUGAAAAUUUCCAUGUCAAGAAAUUUAGGACAACGUAAAUGUGUAUUUACUUUAAAAACAAAACCAAAAAGAAACAAAGAAAAAACACUGAUUUCAAAUCAGACUCUUGAAAAGCUGUAACAUCAGACCUAAUACUUUACAUGGUUUUUUUCAAAAUAUUUUCUUUGAUUUUCAUAUGAACACUUCUCCCUUACAGAAAUCACACUAAUUCCAAGUAUCCGAGAUUUAUUUCUAGUUGAAUUGAAAUGAACAUUUUUAUCAAAUUAGUUAUGUAUCACGUUUUCAGUAGGUUUCCUUAAUUUUACAAAAGGAUUAUUUUCAAAGACCAAAAUGAUAGACAAUAAAAAUGACUAUCACAUAAAAAUCCUCAUCAAAAAAAGAGAUCUUAAAUUCUUUUGGCUCUUCCUCAAAACUAUCAAAUUGGAAAAUGAAAUUAAAUCUCUGAUUUCUGGGGGCUAUUGGACCUCGGCAGACAUUCUGCUUUCCAAGCACAAAUCUUUUUUUACUACUAUUCUGAUGAGAAGAAAACAAGAUAGGACUUCUUAUCUUCCAUAGUUGAGGGGCCUGACAGGUGACCGACAUGGAGGAAAAGGCCCUUUACGGCACAUCAUGUGGGCUCAGAGGAAGAUUAUUCUUUAUUUACCACUGGAGAGUACUUACCUUCCUCUUCCCUAUUUUCUUCCUUCUUCCUCUAUUCUCUCUCAGAAUUCCCAUUUUAGCUUUUAUAAAGGGCUCACUAUUUUUAACUUUUAAGAAUGCCUUCUUCACUAAGCAUUAAGAUUUCCAUUUCAGAUUUCAGAUUUCCAUUUAAAAAGAUCAAUUGUCUAGUGUACUCUUCCCAAUGAGACACUACAGGUAUACACAGUAAGUGUCUCUUACAUUGUUCCAUUUAUAAAGGGAAAAGGGAGAAAGAGAGGUAAAGGAGUCUUACUAGAAAGUAGCAAUUAGUUGGAAGAUCAGAACAUAUGGUCCCUCCCAGCCCACUCCCCUAUUGACCCAAGGGCAUUUGUUCCAUCAUUGCAACACUCAGGGCUGACUGCACUGGUUGGCCCUGUGAACAGCAGUGCAAAUGCCAGAGCCAACGUGUGCUUUAGAAUGUCCCCAUUUACACGAGUACAUAUGCCUAUUCCUUGAUGAGUACUCAAGGGUUUGAGGGAAUUCUAUUUUUUUAACUUGUAAAUGGCACUCUCUAAAAAUCAAUGGGAGUUUUAAAUUUUGACUUGUUUGUUAAAGAUUAAGUCCCGAUAAUGCCUAAAUAGUGACUAAGUCAGUCAUUUCAGUGGAAAACAAGUCAAGACAAACUUUCACAAAAAUUAGUCUUUUCAGUCAAAAGAUUCAAUCUUUGAUUUCAUAGAAAUACAACCUAAUUUAGGACAACUAGGUUAACAUUUUGGAAAAAAGAGGAAACAUAUUGUUUGCCAAAAUGGGAUGUAUUAUCUAUCUCAAAGAUUACUUAGCUAAAUAGUGGUAGACUAUUGCAGAUAAAGCCUUAAUUUGACAAACUACUUUAUAAUGUCACCCCUAAUUGACAAUAUAGUCACAGAGCAAAAGAAUUAAGGGAAUUUCAGCAAAGAACAAUAAAUUAUGUUUUGCAUUUUAGAGCUGACAUUUAUUAUAUUACAUUAUUGAUUUUUAUUUUCAGAUAAGUUCAGAUAUAUAGCAUAAACUAGACUAUUUUACCACAAAGAAGGAUAAUCUUGAAUUAUUUCCUUCAUUUAGAAAGUCUAAUUGGAAUCCCAGUGAUUUUUCUCAAGCUUUAAGAACUCGUUUGUCUCAUGAAUACAUAAUUAAGAUAGAAAUUAGAACAAUAUGGUUGUAGAAGUUAUUGUCUAGAACAAGUGCUGUCUAAUAUAAACAUGAUGCAAGCCACGUAUGUAAUUUUAAAUUUUCUCUUAGACACGUUAAAAAAUAAAUCCACAAAAACAGGUGAAAUUAACUAUUUAUUUUAAUCCAAUAUAGCCAAACUAUUAUUCUAAUAUCUAAUAAUAUGAAAAUUAAUGAGAUGUUUUGAAUUUAUUUUUAUACUAAGUUUUCAAAAUCAGGAGUGAAUGUUACACCUUUACUACAUCAAGUGCUCAAGAGCCACACGUGACUAGCGGCUAUUGUAUUGGAACAGCACUGGUCUAGAGUACUUUUUAGCAAAAUGACACAUGAAUUUCUAUGCUUAGAUUUGAGCUGGCUCAGUUUUCCACACUGAUGAGUAGGAGGCCAAAAAGAAACGUUUCAGAAAUGUCAUAGGCUGCAAUAAGUAAAAACUCUAUUGGCCACUUCUACUUAUUCAUGUGCUUCAGAGGAGGAGUGUUUCCCAACUUGACUUUUAGAGAAUAACACUUUCCUGGGCACUGCUAAAUUGUCUGUUGGCCACAGUCCCUCUCAUCCCUCUCAUUCUUCUCUGGGCCCUUGAAUCUUGACUACAGGUUAGAGUCUCCUGAGUACUGCCAUGAAGCUAAUAGCAUUCUUGCAUUCUUGCAUACCAAAAUCUACCGUGGGCGAACCAUGUGUACCCAUUCAAGGAUUGCACACAGAAUCUUAAUAGGAUUUUGUAGGCUUGGAUUAAGCUGGACACCAUCUUUGUGUUGCGAGCAAUAUUUCCUUCUAGAAAUCUACUGAAACAUACCAAAUUUUGCAUGAAGAAGAUUGUAUGAUGAGGAUGAUGAUAUCAUCCCAGUUACCCCAAAAUGAGAAUAAAACCAUUGACUGGCAUUUUUUAGAUUUCCUUAGAAGAGUUUAAUCAACACUGCCAUUAUACAUGGAUUCAAAAGACUUUUGGAAUUUUCUUAUAUACUGCUAUUUUAGAAUAUCCUUAAGGUUCUAUAGCCAUUUUUAGUGGCAGACUUAAAAAGAAAGGAACGGUUUGCCUUUUACUGUGACCUCAAUUACAUAGUAUUUUAAAUAUAUUUUGUAAUUUAGAACGUUUAGCAAUUUCUAUUUCCAGUUUCACACGCAAAGUAACUGCUGGUGGGUUGCCUACAGACUGAAGAUUGAGAGAGAACCAUUUUGUUUCAUAUUUCAGUUCUUAUUUCACAGAAGCAUCUGGUUGCAUUUCAAAUUGGAAAAAAAAAGUAAAUGCCAGAAAAGGCAAAGGAUAAAAUUAGUAAAUCAUUUAUUCUGCUUUAGGAUUGUUCUUGCAAAGUAAAUGUAAAAAAAAAAAAAAAGUCAACAAAGUGAAUCAGGUUUUUCUUGAUGAAGGUUGACUACACAUAUAAGAGAGAUAAAUAUACUGAGCAGAGUCAGUUACAUAAUUACAAUGCCAUUAUGUAAUUUACUUGUCAUUGCAGAGUAUUCAUGUUAGAUGUGCAAAGUUUCCAGACAUUUACCUACCUAAUAGGACUUGUAAUAUUCUUGUAAUUACUGCCUAUUAGGUCAUAUCCCAAUUUCCUUAAUGUUCAUCACUGAUAUGUUCCUAAUCAGGGUUGUUGAUAGCAUUUGAGCAUUCACUGGUUAAAUACUGCUUGAUGGUUAAACUCUGUGUGUGUCUUCAGUGCUUUUUUAAACAUUUAUGCACAUGUAAUGUCAAUAUUGGUAUUAUAAUAUUCAUAACCACAUGAUAAGCAAAAAUGUACUCAAUAAUUUUCUAUAAUUUUUUUUCCCGAAAUCUUUUUCUUCACCUGGCACAACUCAGGGUGAGUUUCUGAUUCUAAAUAGGAAAAAAAAUUUAAAAGGCCACUGGAGAGAUAUCAGCCACCCUUCCAUGGUAACCAAGUUCAGCAUUUCCUCUUUCCAUAUUCUACCUAUUAAGAACCAGUUUUUGUCAUUAUUACUCCUUUCGGAUAUCACCUGAGAUCACAUAAUAUAAUCUCAGCUCACAAAGCCUAACUAUUUACAUACUUAUCUUGGAGAGCAAUAACAAACUUGACUAAUUGAUGUUUGCUUGUUUAAAAUUCCAAUUUUCAUAAAUGAUCUGUGAUGUACUCUAGAGGGUUUGAUUGCGUGAUUUUAACUUCCUUCAAGACUCAGCCUUUUCCCCGUCACCUGGUCCAGAGGACCACCUAGGGCAAGAAGGAAGCCUUGCCUGGAGAGCGAACCAUCUGACUCCUUUGCAGGAAUCAGACAUUGCUCUAGAGAAGACUCUAGGCAUCUGACUUGGUUGAGCUCAGAUGAGCCAAAUGGAAGAAAACCUCUUCCCAUGCUCUGAUUGAAAGUGAUACUGUUUGAAUAUUGGUAUAUUGCCAUUACUCAGUAAUGGAAAAUGGGAUUCCACCAAUCAUUUGCUCUUCCCAAAGUCUUGGUUUACUACCCCUUGUCCCAAAUCAAUGUUUUUUUCCAUCCCUCUGGCCAUCAGGCCACCCUCUAGGACUGUGAGAUUCUCUAAAACCCUGGAAGGAGCAUCCCAGACUGUCUGGAGAAACGUGGGCCCCUUGGUGAUCCAGAAUUUAGUUUGAAACUCUAAAUAGCAAUGCCAAGACUUCAAAAUCACACUGUUCUUCUUAAUAGCUGUUUUCAGCACAUUUUGAAGAUUGACCAGGAAAACCCAUGGACAUGGAAUAUUUAUAUCCACAUAAUCUUUGCUGUGAUUCAUUGUGUUAAAAAUGACAGAUAUUUAAUCUUCAGUCAGAUUAAAUAAUAAUCUUUAUUUUCCAUUUGAAAGGUUAUUUUGAGCUAGUCAAAAACAAUAGGCUUCACAGUAGAAUUUUUGAAAGCUGUUGUUUUCCCUAAGUGCUCUCAUUCUGACAAUUAGUUGUGGAUGAUAAAAAUUUACUAGGCUUGUCCUUUCUUUGUCUUUUCCUUGACACACGUAAAGUAGUUAAUCUGGAUUGUAAAGGAUAUGAGUAAGUAUGACUAUAAAUUGAAAACUGUCAUCUCAUAACUGCCUCUUUUAACCUGACCUAUUUUUAGCCUAUUUUGCAGCUAAUGCAUAGUAGCAUAGAGUACAAAUAACAUAUGUAUGAGUUAUGAUUUUGUUUACAUUUUUAUUGUCAAGGUUAUUACUUACGUCAGAAGUUCCCAAAGUGUUUCUAUUUGUGCACUCUUAGUAAUAUUUUCAUGGUCCCCCCCACUGAAGCCAAAGGAAUGAUCUAACGUGUCCAUUUAUUAACUAGUUAGGUCCAAACAACAUAAUAGUAGUGCUGCAUUUCAUGUCUGACAGAUGUUGCUAUGCUUCCCUUGAAAUUUUAACAUUUCCUGUGAGUUCACUGAGGGGGAACAGCAGACGGGUUUAAGUAAUUCCUUAUGCCCAGUGAACAAAGGGUAUCAGGCAAAAGGGAUUAUUAGUAAACAGGUUAGGGGCUAAUGUUUAUACUCUUUCUUAUUUGAACGCCAAUCAUUUCUUUCAUCGACGGUCUUUGUGAUAUACAUAUAAAACUUAACUGUGCAUUUUUUAAAAACUAAUUUCCACAUAAUUACUCAAGGAAAUAAAUUUAAAACUCCAAAGAACAGUUUUCAGGAGUCAGGCAAACUAUGGUUCACAGACCAAGUCCACCAGAGGCCUGUUUUUAUUAAUAAAGUUUUGUUAGAACACGACCAUGCUCAUUUAUUUAUAUAUUGUCUGUGGUUGCUUUCAUGCUACUAGGGAAGAGUUGAGUAGUUUCAACAGAGACUUAUGGCCCAGCAAAGCCUAAAAUGUUUAUCUGGCCCUCUACAGAAAAAAAUUGAUGCCCCUGGUUUUUCAUGGCACUCCAUGCCUUUUUGGUGACAUCUAGGAAUACAGAUUCCCAUACUCCAGAUUUCUUCUCCCUAGGUUAAGGUUCUUGUUCUCAUUUGCUUCUUAGGAAGUUAGGAGAACUUUGUUUCUGUUGCAGAUGGUCUCACAACAGUAACUGUGCUGAAAGUACAACCUAACAGUAAAAUUUCCCUAUAGAACUAAAAAUUCAAAAUUGCAUCAUUUCCUGAGAAAAGAAAUGUAGAGUAUGAAUUGACUUGGUUAAGAGAGAAGAAUUAAAGAUUUCUAGCACUUUGAGCAUGUUUUAGAAAUUUGAUCCUUGUAUUUAAAAUCAUGUGAAUGACAUUUGACACUGGCAAUUUACACACAUUUAAGUCAAUCUGCAGCUGUUACUUAGGAAGCUAAGAAAUAAGAGAGCCCUCUGGUUCUGAAUCCUCCAGAGUAUUCUCAAAUAAUUUAUAUCAAUUGGAUUUUCAUUUAAUCAUUUUUAGGAAAUAAUGUGCUUUAUUACGUGGCAUUCUUUGACAAUGACUUGCUCAUUAAUAGCUCAGGGAACAAGCAAACAGCCAAUUCUUUUUUCUGAGUGUUAUGUAUUUCAUUUCUUCGAAAAGAGAGGGAAUUGAGUAAAUGCUUUCCUUUACUUUUUUUAUAUAUCUAGAAAUCCAGGAAGGCCCCUUCUUUUAGUCUGUUUCUGUCACAGAGAAAUUAUUCAUUCCACAGUAUCUGCCUUAAGGGAAGCAGGUGACCCAGAUAUGGAGAAAUGUAGGCAUGCGUGACCUUGGUAUUUGACUUUGAACAUCUGUAGGCAAAAGGUUACAAAUGAGAUAUUGAGUAGAAAAUCUAUUAUCAGCUUUUUAGGAAUACCUAAAAUUAUAUGAUGACUCUAAUUAAAUAAUAUACUGUUUUCUUUAAACUUUUGCAGCAAUCAAUAUGUAGCGACUGGGAUACACUGUAGAACUCAGGAAAAAAAGAGAUGAAUCGUCUGCCAGCUCCUCAGGGUUGAUGUGUGUAGGAGGCAGACUUUACUGGAAUGGGAGAGGGAAAAGAAAAAAUGUAAAUUGGGAUUCCACGUUCCCACCUGCCCAUUUUUCUUGAUUGCUCAGUCUGAAAGCAGUUGUUAAUGGACUUAAAUUAACAUUUCUACAUAUUUCUCAAUAUCUGGGUCACCUGCUUCCCUUACAAAUGAAUAGACCAAAGUCAAUAGCUAAUUUUCCUCUCAGAACCAUAAAUUAAACAGUGUAGUUUAGGGGAAAUUAGCCCUACACUGCAAGCACACUUUAAGGAACUAAUUUGCUAAUUUUGAAGCUUCCCAGGAGUAGCCCAUCCCAGGAACCCAUUUUCUCAGUAGAGUUUCAUUGAGAAGCAAUUAUGUACAAUGAGGGAGUCAGAGACAAAUUAAACUCCUCUAGGAGUGAGCUGUGUAGUUGGAGAGAGAAAACAAGUGUACAUUUACAGCCUGUGCUAAAUCUGGGCCAGCAGUAAACCCUCGAGGGAUAGAAAGAAGGAAAAGCUCCCUUCUGCCUGGAAUGAUCAAGGAAAUCUCCAUGGGAACACAGGCUGGAUUUGAAGGAUGGGGAGAAUCUUGGAAAGUAGGGAGGAAGAAGGGGGCAUGUCUGGCUGAGAAAUCUACAGAGCAUCUACAGAGUGGCGAAAUACAAGGCAAAAUGGUGAAGGAACAAUAUUGGGUGUGAAAGGCUGAAAUCUACAGGGAAGUGUUGUUAAGUCUGCAGAAGAGUCUCAGAUUUUAUGCGGAGUUGAAUUAGACAGACCUCUUUGGUCCUUUCUUAUUCUGGGUAGAUAUGUGUGCAGCAUUUCCUCAGAGCUUCUAGCCCUCUGUGAUCUCCUAUAUAUUUGGCUAAUUUGGUGCAUCCCUAAGCAGAAUAAAAAUCACCCAAUAUAUCAAAGACAUUUUUGUAAGUCACCUGUUGAAGCAAAGCCUCAGUCACUAAAAGCAAAAACUGCCUUGGCUAGGUCUCCACUGACAAAGCAGAGUAAAUGAGAUGAUAGUGAUUAUCUGAGUAAGUUUUGCAAAACUCCGAUAUCUGAAUCACUGCCUGUGACUCUAGAAAAUCACCCAACUACUUGCUAAAGCUUUGCCAGUGGAGGCCCACGUCAAGGUUACUUCUAUCAUGGUUAUUUUAACCCUUUAAAUGAUCUGACCUGACAGGGCAAUCCCCUCAGCGUUUGAGAUAGAAUACCUGAAAGUUUAGACUUCAAAAGAUAACCUGUACAAUAAAGCUAACUCUCACACAACGAAAUUUAAAAUUUUCAGAACUGCUUUCCCCAAACAUCAAGCUGGUCCUGUUAAAUCCUUUCUUCUUCAUCACUACUUUAUACACCCUUCUGUAAAUUCCUUUUUAUAUCACUCAUUGAUGGCAGUAUUUUACAUCCAUCUUCAAGAAACUUAUUUUUAAAAAAUACUUAACAAUUAGGAUCAGAUUACAGUAAAUAUACUUUUAGUUGUCUUGCUAUUUUGCUUGUGUCAUAUAAUGUCUGUGAUUAGUGAAUGGCUGCUUUAUUCUUUAGAGCAAAUGAAAUGAAAGAAGGGACAAAAGUUGACUAUCAUUUGAGUGAUGGAAGAGAAGCUAAGAGGUAGAGAUACUGUGAGGGUACAGAAAAAACAAGUUAGCAGUCUUCUAGAAAGGAAUACUACUAGGGUUUUUCAGGCUUAUGUGACUUUAUCUGGUAUGGCUUCUCUAGUUUUUCCUAGAGGAGACAUUUGUAUUCCUGGGUUGUUGAAAGUUGUCUGGACUAAAGGGACAUAAACAGCUCAAUAGCAGCAUGGCAGAUUAGAUUAAUGGAAUACCAUUAUAUACAGGAAACUUACAUCUCCAGUAGUUUAGACUGCAAGUCAUUAGCCAAAAACAAGUGCAUGUAGGAUUUGGAGGACAAAGAAAAAGUAUAAAUAUUUCAGUUUACACAGCUAAGAUUACAGGCUACCUUCCCAACUUUUGAUUGAAAAGUAUUGAAAAAGGAGCUGUGAACAUUUCAUUUUUUAAAACCUGUCAAAAUGGUGCUAUUGACUCCUUAAUACAAAGAUAUAUUACAAUAUUUUUUAGGUGAACAUGUAAGUCUGACCUGGCCAUAAAUGUAAAUAAAGAAAAUGUUUGUAGAGAAUUCAUCAAAAUCAUACCCAUUUGCUUUUGAUUGAGCUGCCAUAUUAUUCAUCAAUGGCGAUGACUGACAGUGAGUCUCCACUCCCUACAGAUGGGACACAACAGAGUCACUGGCUCUCUCAGCUGCCCAAAGCCUGGAGCAGACAACAUGAGAGCCACAGACAACUGUGGCUGCUUCUUGGACUGAGGUUGGAUAACCCGAUUAAAUGACUAAACGUGCUCAUUUUUGGUGUUUCCCAGGAACAUAAAGGAAGAAUAUGUGACAUGAGGCAAAAUGGAUGUUGGUAAACUACCUGUUGAAAUUGAUCUUAGUGGGGACUAAUGUUACUUUGUGUAAAUUCACCCAGAUGUGUCAGAACAUGCCAAAAGAAGCAUAUACCUUGCUGCUGGGAAAUUUGUAAAGCAAUUUGCAUGUACAGUAUGAUAAUAAAUCAUCUAAGAGCCCACCAAAACUUUGUAU